AUGACACUGAAUCGCGAACCUGGCCCCUAUGAUUCCGUGCUGCGCCAGGUCAACCCACCUGCCGACGAAAAUGGCGAACCAGAGGGAGGCAUCGACAUCAUUGCCGUACACGGCCUCGAUACCAGAUCGCCAGACACCUGGGAAUUCAAGACGAUGGACGGGCACAAUGUGAAUUGGCUACAGGACAAAAACAUGCUCCCGGCGGAAGUCUCCAACGCUCGUAUCUUCACUUGUGACUGGCCGGCUGAGUUAUUUGAGACGCUAGACGCCGAAGAAGACACAAUUCAAGAACUUGCUCUACGGCUACUUGCCGGUAUCCAAGCACGGCCAUCCGCAACAAACAACCAGCGUAGUUACAAGGACCGACCAAUUCUGUUUGUCGCUUCAUGUCUCGGGGGCAUUAUCCUAGCGAAGGCCCUCGUCAUGGCUAAGAAUGAGUACCUACCUGUUCGAAACGCAACGCGUGGGAUCGUAUUUCUCGCUACGCCCUUCCGAGGCACAUCAUUCGAGGACGUGGCCAGAUGGGCAGAGCCAGGCCUAAGGACCUGGGCUUCGAUUCGAGGCCGUCGCGUAGCCAGCCUACUAGGUUGGGUGAAGUCAUCAACAUUCGACCUCACUCUCCUCGUUAAUGAAAUCACUCAGCUCUGUGAUAACAAGAACGGCGAGGGCUACAAGGUGCUUACUUUCUACGAGACGGGCUAUACAAACCUCCCGGCCAAGGUCCCUCUGCUGUCCUAUUUACUACCACCUUCAAAAAAACAGUUGGUUAGCAAGAGUUCGGCAGUUCUUGACUGCGUCCCAAACCCACUUCCACUAAGACGAACCCAUGUUCUCAUGAACAAGUUCCGCGGCCCUAAAGCCGACGACCCGGACUAUAAACUCGUCGAGACACCGCUCGAACAAGCAAAUACAUGGAUACGCGAGAAGCACUACAACAAGGAAAGACUAAAGAUCGAACGGCUUUCCGGCGAUAUUUUGCCGAUAGAUCAAUGCUAUAUCAACCUGGCACUGAUAGAGACACUACGAGAGAACAACUCGAAGCAGAAGUCUGAAGACUAUUCACAACAGCCUUCGCCAUUCUCCCUAGCUUCUCGGAUAAAGGUUGAAUUACCACACGAGGAUUCUCAAAUAGAGCUAUCAAAGCUCUUUGAGCCGCGUAGGCAACCCGACGGCCAGAUGAAAGAGGUAAGACGAAUACUGAUCCGAGGUCGUGCCGGAGUCGGAAAAUCCACUCUAUGUAAGAAGAUCGUACAUGACUUUAUUGAGAAGGCCAUGUGGCGACAUCUGUUUGCUCGCGUACUCUGGGUGCCCCUGCGAAAUCUGAAAACGUGGAGAGGUCCGCCGUACGGUCUCACGGGGAUGCUUCAUCACAUCUAUCUACAGCAACGACCAGACCACGCCUCUAUUGCCAGCGCUUUACGACAGCAUGUGGAGGAUUCUGUAUCCCGCGGUGCCCUUUUCAUCCUCGACGGUCUGGAUGAAAUCUCGGAGCUUUUAGACGAGCAACACAACCCCGACAUGUUUAGGUUCCUUGUAGAACUGCUGAACAUGACGACCGUUAUCAUUACGACCCGACCGCACAUCUCGCUUCCGCAUGAUUUCGAGAAGCCCGACCUCGAGCUCGAGACAAUCGGCUUCCGCUCCGACCAGGUGGAAGCUUAUAUCAAAGCAGUUUCGACGCCGAUCGUAUCCCGAAACAUCCAAUUGUUCCUCCAGAAAAGCCCGCUAAUGCGAAGCCUCGUGCGUAUCCCAAUUCAGUUGGACGCACUCUGUAUUGUUUGGGACGAGACUUUAGAUACCGACAGAUUGAAAACGAUGACCCAAGUCUAUCAAGCUAUUGUUGAGCGGCUUUGGAGGAAGGAUAUCAAAAGAUUAAAGGAAUCGCAGCCACAUAUCAAAGCCAUGUCGUCACAAGAGAUUAACAACCAUGUCAUGGAAGAGAUUCAACUACUUGAGUCCCUUGCUUUUAGCGGUAUGUCCAGUAAUCUGAUUGAGUUUCAGUCAGUACACCGCGACUCUAUAUGCGACUUUAUUCGACCUACGCAAACUAGCUUGCCGGUCUACGAGACUCUAGGGCGACUCUCAUUCCUACGGACGUCAGAUGGCGCAGCAGACCCAGCUACCCGAAGCCAUCAUUUUCUACACCUAACAUUCCAAGAGUAUUUUGCUGCUAAAUACUUUGUACGAAUGUGGACGAACGAAAGGACGCUCCGAUACUUCGACUUAAAUAGCCGAAGGAAAGACUAUUGCGAAGUUUCUCCUAAAGUGUUUCUCAGAGAAAAUAAAUACACUGGACGGUACGACAUUAUGUGGCGUUUUGUUGCCGGGCUCCUGAGUGAGGAGGGCAAAGACGAGAUUAGUGGCUUCUUCGAAGAAAUCGAGAAAAAGCCUUUCGAUAUUUUAGGACCAGCACACCAACGGCUCAUUAUGCACUGCUUGAACGAGAUACUCGACUUGCCAACUAGGCUUCGAGAGAAGAGAGAAAAACAACUACUACAAUGGGUGCUGUUUGAGAGGGACUUCACAGGAUCAUCAAGAUUCCCAAGAGAAUCAGAGAUUCCAGAACGGGUGUUAAAUAGCGCCUUGAGUGCUUCUGGAGACAAAGCUAGGUUCUUGGACGCUUUGAGCUAUUCUCAGAGGCAGCUAUCAGACACAACCAUGGCUGCCAUUGUCGGACUCUUCAAGGACGAGGACAGCAACGUAAGAUAUUCCGCCGCUGAUGUCCUAGGCAAGCAGUCGACGUUAUCAAACACAACCACGGCCGCCCUUAUCGGACUCCUCGAGGACGAGGAGAGCAAGGUACGAAGAUCCGCCGCUGAAGCCCUAUGCAAGCAGUCGACGUUAUCAGACACAACCACGGCCGCCCUUAUCGGACUCCUCGAGGACGAGAACUGGAGAGUACGAUCUUCCGCCGCUAGAGCCCUAGGCAACCAGUCGACGUUAUCAGACACAACCACGGCCGCCCUUAUCGGACUCCUCGAGGACGAGGACAGCAAGGUACGAAGAUCCGCCGCUGAAGCCCUAUGCAAGCAGUCGACGUUAUCAGACACAACCACGGCCGCCCUUAUUGGACUCCUCGAGGACGAGGACUGGAGAGUACGAUCUUCCGCCGCUAAUGCCCUGGGCAACCAGUCGACGUUAUCAGACACAACCACGGCCGCCCUUGUGGGGCUCUUCAAGGACGAGGACAGCAAGGUACGAAGAUCCGCAGCUGUAGCCCUGGGCAACCAGUCGACGUUAUCAGACACAACCAUGGCCGCCCUUGUCGGACUCCUCGAGGACAAGGACAGCGAUAUACGAUCUUCCGCCGCUAAUGCCCUGGGCAACCAGUCGACGUUAUCAGACAAGAUAUUAGAUACGUUAGGAAUCGCAGCUUCCAAGAGCAUUUUAGUCUUUCUGUUGAUGGAGAUGUUUGCGUCAUCAACCAAGCGUCUGGACUCAGAAAAGCGAAAUUGA